CCCUUUACCCAUUUGCACAUCACUGUGUUUUGUUUUAUUUCCUUUACCUGAAACCACUUUUCUUGAUUUUCUUGAGAAGAAUAGGGACUUGUCUGACUUCCCUAUGGCUGUAUCCCCAGCACCCAUAACCGGGUCUACCUACACAGUGGGUGCCAACAAAUGUUAGUUGGAGGAAGCCUCACAGGAAGAAAAAGCCCUUUAUAGAAAAGAAGAAAGCUGUGUCUUUUCACCUGGUCCAUCGGAGCCAACGCGAUCCUUUAGCAGCAGAUGAGACUGCACCCCAGAGAGUUCUGUUGCCUACGCAGAAAAUAAAUGAUGAAGAAAGACGAGCAGAACAGAGGAAGUAUGGGGUGUUCUUUGAUGACGACUAUGACUACCUGCAGCACCUGAAGGAACCAUCUGGGCCUUCGGAGCUUAUUCCCACCAGUACCUUCAGUGUACCCAACAGGAAAGAUGAAAACGAAGAAACUUCAGUAAUUUUAACGACAGGAAUUAAGUUGCCUUCAUCAGUGUUUGCAUCAGAGUUUGAGGAAGAUGUUGGAUUAUUAAAUAAAGCAGCUCCUGUUUCAGGCCCUCGGCUGGAUUUUGAUCCUGACAUUGUUGCAGCUCUUGAUGAUGAUUUUGACUUUGAUAAUCCAGAUAAUCUGCUUGAAGAUGAUUUUAUCCUUCAGGCCAAUAAGCCCAGAGAAGAGGAAGGGGGAAUGGACAUACGGACAUCUGAGGCUGAAGAUGGCAGUGAGUGGGACGACGUGGCUGAUGAGAAGGAAGGAGGUAGUGACGAUUACUAUGGCUCUGCAGGCUCAUUAUCAGAUGAGGACGUGUCGGCCUCUGGAAAGUCUCUUGGGGUUCUAGGACAUCACUUGUUCUGGGAAGAGGAAACGAAAAGUCGCUUUACUGAGUAUUCUAUGACCUCCUCAGUCAUGAGGAGAAAUGAGCAGCUGACCCUGCAUGAUGAGAGAUUUGAGAAGUUUUAUGAACAGUAUGAUGAUGAUGAAAUUGGAGCUCUGGAUAAUGCUGAAUUGGAAGGUUCCAUUCAAGUAGACAGCAAUCGCUUAGAGGAAGUUUUAAAUGACUACUAUAAAGAGAAGGCAGAGAAUUGUGUAAAACUGAAUACUCUUGAACCCUUGGAGGACCAGGACAUGCCAGUGAAGGAACUUGAUGGGUCUGAGGAAGAAGAGAUUGUUACUGUAGUUCUUGAAGAAGUCAAAGAGAAGUGGGAUUGUGAAUCCAUUUGUAGCACAUACUCAAAUUUAUAUAACCAUCCACAACUUAUCAAGUAUCAAGCAAAGCCCAGACAAAUCCGAAUAUCUUCUAAAACAGGAAUACCUCUCGAUGUCUUACCUAAGAAAGGAUUCACAGCAAAGCAAGCUGAACGAAUGCAGAUGAUUAAUGACAGUGAUCUCCCCAAGGUGUCAACCCAGCCACGCUCCAAAACUGAAAGCAAAGAUGAUAAAAGAGCAAGAAAGCAAGCUAUAAAAGAAGAGCGCAGGGAGCGGAGGGUAGAGAAGAAAGCUAACAAAUUAGCCUUCAAACUGGAAAAAAGAAGGCAGGAAAAGGAACUGCUGAACUUGAAGAAGAAUGUUGAAGGGCUAAAGCUAUGAUAGUGGAACAUUUAGGGAAAGGCACGUUCCUGUGAGGAGCCCCUCCUUCUGCUCAAGAGCGAACGAGGAGCUUCAAAGAGACAACACUGACCUGCCAUUGGUAUUGGCAGGUACUAAAGGAAAACAGUACAAUGUUUGUAUUUAUACUGGCAAGUUUGUAAAUAUUGUAAUAUUUUUAAAUUUAAUAUGAUAAGCUUAGAUUUGCUCUGAAGUAAAUGACUUCAUGAAUGUGAAAUGUUCGAGUACAUUAAAGGUAAAUGUCUUCAUAACUUAAAUGGAAUUAGUGUGUUCUUCAUUUAUUUUUCUGUGGUUGUCCCAGUUGUCUUUUGCAGAUGUGCUCAAAUAUUCUUUGAAACCUCGCCACUCCUUUUCUGGAGUUAAGUGGUUUAAUUGGCUGUAUAUAGAAAAGUGGCCCAGUUAAGUUUAAUUUUGAAAUGCUGAGUGGUAAGAGUUUUUCUGAGAAGGUUCCACUGGUAGGAAA